AUGACUGAUUUGAAAAUUACAUUAGUUAAUGAAGAUGGGGAAUCAACAAUAAGUGGUAAAGGUCAUCCAUUACCAGCUCCCCUAAUAUUUCCUCCAAUAUAUUGUUUCUGUUUUAUCCAAUAUAAAACUGAAGGUAAACUUUGGGACAAAAAUGAUUUUCAAAUAAAAUCAGGUAAAAUUGAAUUCGGCGGAGAAGAAUAUGAUAUUACUGAAUCUAAAGGCACAUGGAGUAAAGAUGAUGAAGAAAACCACAUCAAAGUUAGUUUACAUCUAAUUGUACCACCAAAAAAAAUUUUCCAAAAAAAUUUUUAG